AUGGCCAACGAACAUUGGGAAGAGAUUAAUGAGUGGGAUAUUGAAGAAGAUAUUGAACUAGCUCAACGUAUUACAGUUCAUACUGUUCAUCACUCUUCUACAACUGAUGAUGAAAGCGAGGAUUCCGAGUAUCAACUCGUACAAGCUCAUAAACAUCCAACUUAUGCUGCGGCAGCAAAAUGGGGUGGUAGAAACAAAAAACCAAAUUUAAUAAAUAUUAAUGACGAUGUCACUAUUACUAAUAAUAGUAAUGAAGUGGAUAAAAAGAAAGUUACAAAAGGCGUAGUAUUAGGUGCUCCAAUACUUACUUCGGAUUCUCAAACUCCGCCUCCAAUUUCUACUGCGUCUGAUGAGACUGAUAAUAAUAAUAAUAUACUGAAAGGUAUAGACUAUGAUGAAGAAACUUCUAAAUCUUCUACACGUCGUCAUAAUACAAAAGUUCAUAAAUUACAAUCAAAACGAUUAUUAAAUCAAUUAGUAAGCUCGGCUGAUUUGGAAUUAAACGAGGGCGCAGUUCGUGGUGAUACUAAUAGAGAUCCGGAAUUUACUAAAUAUAAAUUGUUAAAGAAGACCAUGAAAGCAAAAAAUAAUGGAACUAGCAAAUCCAAAACUGAUAGAAAAAAUGGAAUGGAAAAAUUACGU